UGGAGCCGAGUGGAGCUUUGACAGUCUGGAACAGUCCGGAAUUUUGAUUAAGAAAACUAAAUUAAAUAUUGCAGACUCUAGAAAGAAUUAUGUCUGAUAUUAAAUCUAUUAUAGCUCUUUUAUGUAAACAUCUACGUCUAUCCAUGAAUAGUACGCUUAAACCGGAGCAUUUCAGAACGGCUAAAUUUGAUCAGAAUUGUAAAGAGACAGCAGAAUCCUUUUGGUCAGCUUUAUACAUAUUGAGUUCACAUGCUGUAAGAGAUAUGGAUUAUGGUUCCUAUCUCGAACAAUACGACAAAAUUUCAGUCAUAAAAUUAUACUUUGCCAUGUUGCAAUACCCAGUAAUUAAGUUUUACACAUUGGAUGAAGAAGACAAUUGUAGCACUCGACAACUAUUGUUAGCCUUUGCAUGGAUUUGUGGCACUCAAAACAGUUUAAACAAUGUUAUACUGUCAAAAAUUAAAUCCAGUAGUUUUGGAAAGGAAUAUUCUGAAGUAAACAUCAAUCUGGACCUUACUUCAUGGAAAGAACAGUCGAUAUCACUUGAGAAUCAAAUGAGUAACCUUGGUCAUCAGUUUGGUAAAAUAAAUCAUAAUCUUAAAGAAAUCACAGAAUUGGUGAUUGAAAAAACAAAAUUAACAGCUAAGAUACAUACCGCCAGUGUAAAUGUGUGCAAUUUACCACAUCUGAGUGUAUGGGAAAUGGCACUAAAUAAAAGUUUAUCUACCUGUAAGGAAGUAAAUUAUCCCGAUAGAUGUAAGCAACAAUUGAAUAAAUUACAAUUGGCAGCCUGUAUGAUUAACACACAUCAAAAGUGGACAAAUAAGCAACAUGUUUUCUUUUCUUGGAUGAUAACUGUGAUAGAAGAACAAUCAAAACAUAUAAGAAAUGAUUUGUCUGAAACAAGUUAUUCGGAAUUAUUUAAAUUCAUAAACUUGUUACGUCAUUUAGUGAAACACCGUCUGCACAAUUUAAAAUACGAUAAAUCAUUACCUGAACAUUUCAAAUUGAAAUCAACUUGUGUGGCCCGAUUUCUAAGAGUUCAAAAGAUUGGUUCAGAAGUUCAAAAUUGGUUUUCAGAAGCAAAAGAUGAAUUACAACACAAGGAAAAGCAGAUUGCAAAAAAUGAUAGAGAACUCGCCAUUGAAUUGAAAACGAUAAUGCAGUUAAUUCCUCAUUGUAUUCAAAUUUAGAGGAUAUAUUUGUAAAAAUUGUACCA